GUUGAAAGUUCAACGGCAACUUUAGAAGAUGCCACCCAAAGGAAAAAGCGGUGCUGGAAAAGGUGGAAAAGGGGGAGCAUCCUCUGGAAGUGACAGUGCUGACAAGAAGGCUCAGGGUCCCAAAGGUGGUGGCAAUGCAAUAAAGGUCAGACAUAUUCUAUGUGAAAAACACAGCAGAAUUUUGGAAGCCAUGGAAAAAUUAAAGUCCGGAAUGAAAUUCAAUGAAGUAGCUGCACAAUAUAGUGAAGAUAAAGCCAGGCAAGGGGGCGACUUGGGUUGGAUGACCAGAGGGUCCAUGGUAGGACCAUUUCAAGAAGCAGCAUUUGCCUUACCUAUAAGUGGACUGGAUAAACCUGUGUUUACAGACCCUCCAGUUAAGACUAAAUUUGGAUAUCGUAUUAUUAUGGUUGAGGGGAGAAAAUAAAAUCCUAUGAAAAACUGAAUAAAAUUUGUGCAUUCUGUUUAUAAGGUAUCCCUACAUUUUAU